UCCUCAUCACUCACUCCCCCCUCCAUUAUUGCAACAAUUCCACCCAACGUUAAACUCCCCAAAACUCUCAUUUUCUUGACAAUAAUUCAUUAGAUCUAAGAAAAUGGAGCACAGAGAAGAGGAUGUGAGAUUGGGGGCCAACAAGUUCCCGGAGAAGCAAGCCAUCGGCACGGCGGCGCAAGACAAGGACUACACGGAGGCGCCGGCGACCCCGCUGUUCGAUCCCGGCGAGCUCUCCUCGUGGUCGUUUUACCGCGCCGGAAUCGCCGAGUUCAUGGCCACUUUCCUCUUCCUUUACAUCACCAUCCUCACCGUCAUGGGCGUCAGCAAAUCCGACUCCAAAUGCAAAACCGUCGGCAUUCAGGGCAUCGCCUGGGCCUUCGGCGGCAUGAUCUUCGCCCUCGUUUACUGCACCGCCGGCAUUUCCGGGGGGCAUAUUAAUCCGGCGGUGACGUUCGGGCUGUUUCUGGCGAGGAAAGUGUCGUUGACUAGGUUGGUUUACUACAUUGUGAUGCAGUGUCUGGGGGCGAUCUGCGGCGCCGGCGUCGUGAAGGGGUUCGGAAAGACGUUGUACAACUCAAAGGGCGGCGGCGCCAACGUUGUAAACCCCGGAUACACCAAAGGCGACGGCCUCGGCGCCGAGAUUGUCGGCACCUUUGUUCUUGUUUACACCGUCUUCUCCGCCACUGAUGCCAAGCGUAACGCCAGAGACUCCCAUGUCCCUGUAUUGGCACCGUUACCCAUUGGGUUCGCCGUGUUCUUGGUGCACUUGGCUACAAUUCCGAUCACCGGCACCGGUAUUAACCCGGCCAGAAGUCUCGGUGCAGCCAUCAUCUACAACAACGAGCACGCAUGGCAUGAUCAUUGGAUCUUUUGGGUUGGACCAUUUGUUGGGGCAGCACUGGCUGCACUGUACCACCAGGUUGUGAUCAGAGCCAUCCCAUUCAAGUCAUCCUGAUUCAUCCUCUUCUUCUUCAACUGUACUGUUCUCCAUUAUUGAAGCCUUUUAUAUAUUUUGCCUAAUUUUCUUGUGGCUGGCGAUGAAUUGAAGCAGAGAGAUAAAGGACAAGAAAACCUCAAUUCAAUUAUUGGAACAUGUAUGUUGUUGUUAUCUCUAGGACAUUUGCUUUUCAUUAAAGUCCAAAAGAGAAACUGUUGGGCGUUUGUAUAAUUUAUGUAUGUUUGUACUGUAAUCUUGAGGUUGUUCAAAUAAAAAUAUUAUUGUUCCCA